UUUUGAAGCAGACGAAUACACCGUGACCACCAAACAUUUAGUGCUCUGUAAGAUUUUCAGACAUAACUAUUAAUAAAUAGUGUUAUUAAGAACAAAGUGAGAGAGAGAGAAAGCGAGAGGAGGGCCUUUAAAGUGUGUUAAAUCCACGCGGGGCUCAAGAUGUCCGUCGACAGGAGAGACGAGAAAGACGGGGAACUCAAUGUGCUGGAAGACAUUUUGACUGAUGCUCCUGACCAGGACGACGAGCUCUACAAUCCUGAAAGUGAACAUGAUGUUAACGAGAAAAAAGGGUCUAAAAGGAAGCACGAUCGAGGGGAUGCUCAGGAUGCGAAGCGCCUGCGAGCUUCAGGACACAACACCAGACAACCAAUGAAAAGAGCUGCUCCUUCUUCUGGGUCAAACGGUAAAAAGACCAGCAAUCCCAGAGGAAGACACGCACCAGAAGAUCUAUAUGAUGACAGAAAGAACCAUUCUGGAAGAGGAGGUGCGUCUCGGGCUGAUCUGUCGAAAGGAUAUGGUGAAAAAGGCCUGUCCAGCAGCAGAGACUCACAGAGACGGAUCAAACCAUUGAUGCCUGAGCUGACAGAGAAGAUGCGGAGAACCAGUGAGGAGAGUGCAGGCAGAGCAAGUCGAUCCUCCAGGGAAGAGGAGGCUCAUUCAGAAGAAUAUGCCACCGGCAGCUCCGUGGCUUCGUCAGAAGGAAACUGCUCAGACGUUGAAGAGGAAGGAGCCAUGCCGGAGGAAGGAGAAGAGAAGGAAGGAGAGGAGGAAGAGGAGGAAGAAGAAGAGGGAGAUGACGACGAUGAUGAAGAGGAAGAGUAUGUGCUGGAGGAGGAGGACGCUCGUGAGGGAAAUGAACAGAAUGACUAUGACACUCGCAGUGAGGCCAGUGACUCCCGCUCUGAGUCGGUGUCGUUCUCAGAUGAAGAGUCUGUGCAUUCAGCAUCAGGCUCAGACGCGUCAGGUUCUGAAAAGAAACAUGAAAAACUGUCCUCGUCUGUCAGAGAUGUGAGGAAGGAUCGGAUCAACAAGCUGAAGCACAUCUUGAGAGAGGCCAGGUUUUUUCUCAUUAAGAGCAACAAUCAUGAGAACGUUUCCCUGGCUAAAGCGAAGGGCGUGUGGUCCACUCUGCCUGUCAACGAGAAAAAACUCAAUGCUGCUUUUCGCGCUGCUCGAAGUGUUGUGCUCAUUUUUUCAGUCAGGGAGAGUGGGAAAUUUCAAGGUUUUGCACGGCUGUCCUCAGAGUCUCAUCAUGGAGGAUCUCCCAUACACUGGGUUUUGCCUGCAGGCAUGAAUGCCAAGAUGCUUGGAGGGGUCUUUAAAAUUGACUGGAUUUGCAGGCGGGAAUUACCUUUCACCAAAACGGCUCAUCUUGCUAACCCAUGGAAUGAGCACAAGCCUGUGAAGAUCGGACGUGACGGACAGGAGAUUGAACCAGAGUGCGGGACGGAGCUCUGCAUGCUCUUCCCCCACGACGAGAGCAUUGAUUUGUAUCAGGUCAUUCACAAAAUGCGCCACAAGAGGAGGAUGCACUCAGAGCCUCGAUCUCGGGGCCGACUGCCCCACAGAGAGCCCGUCCCUCGGGACAUGGGAAGGCGUCGACCGGAGGAAUAUGACAUGCACAACCGGAAGCGGCCCAGGAUUGAUUACACCCCAGAAUUCCCCCAAAGACCAGGUUUUAUGCAAGAUCCCCGAAAUCCACCUGUGGACAGGCGCUUUUCUGGUGUUAGAAGAGACGUGUUUCUUAAUGGAUCCUACAACGACUAUAUGAGAGAAUUCCAUCACAACAUUGGGCCUCCACCACCUUGGCAAGGAAUGGCCCCAUACCCUGGUAUGGAGCAUCCUCCUCAGCACCCGUAUUACCAGCACCACCCUCCUCCACCCCAGGCCCACCCGCCUUACUCUGGACACCACCCCAUGCCCCAUGAUGCCCGCUUCAGGGAAAAGAGGGUUGUCCGCUCUUUCGCCUCCAGUUUGCAUGAUUACGACAUGCGCGUGGAUGAUUUUCUAAGGCGAACGCAGGCAGUGGUGAGCGGACGCAGAAGCAGACCGCGGGAGAGAGACCGUCAGAGAGAGCGUGACCGACCCAGAGACGGACGGAGAGACCGAGAGCGAGAACGUGGACGGGAGCGGGACCGCGAGAGAGAGAGAAUUCGAGACCGCGAGAGAGAAAAGGAGAGAGGCCGAUACCGGAGAUAGGGGGGAAACACUUCACUUUUAUUCCCUUUUUUAUUAAUCACUUUGUAGAUAGUGUUUAUUUCAUUUAUCUGUUUUUUUUAUAUAUAUAUAUAAAUAGUUAAAGGGAUAGUUCACCCAUAAAAACUCUGUUUACUUGUUUCAAACCUCAAACUUUCUUCUGUGGAAGAUAUUUUGAAGAAUGCUGGAAACCGGUAACCAUUGACUUCUAUUGUAGGAAAAGCACAUACCAUGGAAGUCAAUAGUUACAGAUUUUCAGCUUAAAUGUCAUUUUUUGUGUGUUUUACAGACGUCAAAGUGCAAAUAAAUGCUUCUACUUAGAUUUUUAGUCGUUUCUAAUCCAAAUAUCUACAAAAUAAAUGAAUAAACAUUUUCUAAACAA